AUGUUUGAGAAUUAUUGCUAUCGAAAUUCGACUGAAGUGAAGCAAAGACAUCCUGAAGAAAUGACAUGCAGCGGUCAGCGCAGUUCCAAUUGGUUAGCUGGACAGAAUGGCUUGGGCAGUGGGCCAACUUCAACUACAACCCCAACGACUGCUCAGGUGUGUGUCUACGAGGCGGCUUCGGUUGCGGCAGCAGUGGCAGCAGCUGCAGCUGCAGACCAGUCAGACAACCCCGCAAUCGCCUCUGCCAAUCUACUCACUGCUGUUACUCGCGAGAGGUCUUCCUCAAGUCCCAAUGUCUGCAAUCACAUUACACAGCCUGGUUUCCUCAACCCUAUGGUAUGGCCUGCAUCCGUCAAGAUCCAAUGUGAAUAG